AUGGCCCUCGUGGGCCAUCACGUGGGGGGCUUCCUGCGCGUUCGUCAUUCUUCUCGUCCUGAGCCCAUCUGCGUAAGACCUCAGACUCCUCUCCUCCCAUACGGCUUCAGAAAAGAUCACAAACGCUGCGGCAUAUACGCGAAAGAACAUUUUCACAGAGAGAUACAGAGAAAGAACAUUCGUCGAGGCUGCAGCGUGGUCUGGAGCCGCUGA